CCACAGGUCCACUCCUCCGCCAGAGCCCCCCUGACCAGGUCCAUCAGCACAGUCAGCUCAGGGUCGAGGAGCAGUACGAGGACAAGUACCAGCAGCAACUCCUCUGAACAGAGACUGCUAGGAUCGUCUUUUUCCUCGGGACCCAUUGCUGAUGGAAUAAUCUGGGUGCAGCCAAAAUCUAAGCUCAAGCCAGGCGAGCUUAAGCCCCUGAGCAAGGACGAUCUGGGCUUGCAUGCCUACCGAUGUGAGGACUCUGGCAAGUGCAAGUGUAAAGAAUGCACCUAUCCGAGGCCUCUGCCUUCGGACUGGAUCUGUGACAAGCAGUGCCUUUGCUCGGCCCAGAACGUCAUUGACUAUAGGACUUGUGUGUGCUGUGUGAAAGGCCUCUUCUAUCACUGUUCUAAUGAUGACGAGGACAACUGUGCCGAGAACCCAUGCUCCUGCAGCCAGUCUCACUGUUGUACACAGUGGUCAGCCAUGGGCGUCAUGUUCCUCUUUCUGCCUUGCUUAUGGUGUUACCUUCCAGCCAAGAGUUGCCUUAAAUUGUGCCAGGGGUGUUAUGACCGUGUUAAUAGGCCUGGAUGUCGUUGUAAAAACUCAAACACAGUUUGCUGCAAAGUUCCCACCGUCCCACCCAGGAACUUUGAAAAACCAACAUAG